AAGGAAAGCAGCUCGAGCGUUUUAGCUCAAAACGCCAUCUUACUUAGGCUGGGGGUUUUAAAUAGGGAAACAAGCAGUGACAGAGCUCGAAGGUUUGAUUUGGCUGAAGAUAAAUUUCUGCCGUGACUCUGGAGUCAGAAUAAUGGCUUUUUGGUGUUUUUAAACGAAAAAAGUGAAAGCGCGUCAGGAAAAUCGACACCGGUUGGCCUGAAGCUAGCUAGCCAGAGGGUGGGUGGAGGGUGAGAAUAUUUUUUUUUUCCGCUGGAAGAAGUUAUUUGUUUAUGUUAUUCAACAUGGACAUGUCCUCUUCAAAUCCAGAGUUAGCAGACCCUAAUCUGGGUAUGGGCGCAAGUGGAGCCCAAACAAGUGGCGUGGCUGUGGCACCGAAGGGGACCAACAAAAGACGAGCUGUGGCAGACACUGAUGAAGAAGAAGGAAACAAAAUGAUGAGAUUUGAUGAUGAAACAGGGGGCUCCAGUAGUGAAAAAGAGCGCUUUGCCAGGGAGAAUCACAGUGAGAUUGAGAGGCGGCGGCGGAACAAGAUGACUGCUUACAUCACCGAAUUGUCAGAUAUGGUACCCUCGUGCAGCGCAUUAGCACGGAAACCAGACAAAUUAACCAUCCUGCGAAUGGCCGUUUCCCAUAUGAAGACUCUUAGAGGAACUGGCAACACCAAUACUGAUGGGUCAUACAAACCUUCCUUUCUCACUGAUCAGGAACUGAAGCACCUUAUCUUGGAAGCAGCCGAUGGUUUCCUGUUUGUAGUGUCGUGUGAGACAGGCCGCAUUGUUUAUGUCUCUGACUCGGUUACACCUGUUCUCAAUCAGCCACAGUCGGAAUGGCUGGGCUCCUCUCUUUAUGAUCAGCUCCACCCAGACGACACAGAAAAGCUCAGGGAGCAACUCUCCACCUCAGAGAACAAUAACACAGGGAGGAUGCUGGACUUAAAGACAGGAACAGUAAAGAAGGAGAGUCAGCAGUCGUCAGCCAGAAUGAAUAUGGGAGCCCGUCGGUCAUUCAUCUGCAGAAUGAGGUGUGGCACGUGUCCAGUGGAACCCAUGUCGAUGAAUAGACUCGGCUUUCUAAGGAAUAGAAACAGGAAUGGUUUGGGUUCACCUAAGGAAGGGGAGCCCCAGUACGUAGUGGUCCACUGUACAGGAUGCAUCAAGUCCUGGCCCCCUGGAGGUGUAUCAUUAACAGAUGAGGAAGCAGACAACAAUCAGGGGAGCCGCUACUGUUUAGUUGCCAUUGGGAGAUUACAGGUUACUUGUUGCCCAGGUGACACGGACCUCAACAGCAUCAGCGUUCCAAUCGAGUUCAUCUCCCGCCAUAACUGCCACGGUUUGUUUACCUUCGUAGACCAUCGCUGCGUUGCCUCUACUGGCUAUCAACCCCAGGAUUUGCUGGGAAAGAAUAUCCUGGAGUUUUCCCACCCUGAGGACCAGGGUUUGCUGAGAGACAGCUUCCAGCAGGUGGUGAAGAUGAAAGGCCAGGUGUUGUCUGUGAUGUUUCGGUUUUGCUCCAAAUCAAGAGAAUGGAUCUUGAUGAGAACGAGUUCCUUUACUUUCCAGAACCCUUUUUCAGAAGAGAUUGAGUAUAUCAUCUGUACCAAUGUGAAUGUCAAAAACUCAACCCAGGACCCCCUCACUCCUAUCUCCUCCCCGGGGGCUCCGAUGCCUCUGGGUCAGAGCAGCUCAAACGGUCAUGCUGUGGUGCACAGCCCGGGGCAGAUGGCCACCAGACAGUUGCAGCAGCAGCAGGCCGACUUUGAGGGAGAUGGGGCAAGAGAUGGGGUGUAUGAAGCAAGACCAAGCACCCACGCACAGAUUCAGCCAGUGACACCAGCAGGACCAGACCACAGCAAAAGCAUAGAGAAGCUGGAGCUCUACCCCUCCCUCUUUUCAGGACCAGAUCAAGCCAAGCGCAGCCCCUCCAGCUCGACUCCAUCCACUCAGAUUUAUGCCAACAACUUUGCUGCUGGUCGAUCCAGCGAGACGUACAGAUCGGUCAGUAUGACUCCACAGAGUGUGCAGCCAACACACCCAGCGGGGCCAUUGCUGACUCAUAUGUCUCGUCAUAACGGAGCCCCACAGUCUGUUACCCCAUCAAGCACCAACAGCUCCCUCCACGGGGGCUCAGGAGGAGGAUGGGCCGGGGCUGGAGCCAGACCACAGUUUAAUAACCAGCAGGUGGCGCCGCAGGCAGCAAAGACCAUGCCCCCACAGUUUCCCCACAUGGUAGAAUUUGGAGGUAGCUCUUCUAACGCCUUUGGCCAGAUGCCCACGGGUGCUGCUCCCACCCCCACCAACAGCACAAACUACCCUCAAAUGAAUUCUCGUGCCAGCCUCAACACCAACGGCUACGAUGGUUCCCAGUCUGGGGCGCAGUUCCCCUCCCGGGCAGCGGAGGCAGUGUGGCCUCAGUGGCAGGGCCAGCAGCACACUCAGAGUAGCGCAGAGCAGCAUCCUCACGCUCAGGGAAACCAGCAGGAUAUGUUUCCUGAUGUGCUGUCUAUGCUCGACCAGCCUGCCAACUUCAACAGUGAUGACUUUGAGAUCCCCAUCUACCCGCCAUAUAACGAGUGACCCGGUCAAGCCUCGUCCGCUGGUCUUCCUCUUCGUCUUCUGCUCUCGCUUCACUUCAGGCGCUCUGCUUCUACCUUCUUCCUAACUUCCUUCUCUUUGAGUGGCUAAAAGCUGCGAGCCACUGAAAGUAUUUUUACUGCACAUGUAUAGGGGAAGAAUAUCAAGAAUUUACUUGUUUAAAAUAUGAUUUUUCACAGUAUUUCAGUUGUCAAAAGAGACUGCUCUAGCUAGCACUACCCAAAGCUUAACAACGUAUGUUGUUGAUGUGAUAUCAGUAUAUUACGAGUAUAUAAAUGUUUUGCCACGCACAAUCACCCGACCACACUUGAAUAGACCGCACAAAAACACCCUCUGGUAAACGUACACACAAAGGCCUUUUAUUCUGAUGUCAGUGGUUAUUCUCAGGCAUAGAUUAAGAGACAAUAUAUAUAUAUUUUCCUUUUUGAUAUUCUGACUAAUAAGUUCAGCCAAUGAUGUAAAGUAUUGGGGAAAUAG